AUGGAAUAUUCCGGUUGGGCAUGGCUUCCAGAUGAUCUCCUAGAACCCAUACUAAACAAUUUAGCCUCCAUAGUUGACUCUAUCAGGUUCGGUGCAGUCUGCACUCCAUGGCAUAGCCUUGCAGUAAAGAGCUUCCAGCGCCUCCCUGUCAAUCAAAGGCCACAUCUUCAACCCCCACCACUCCCAUGGCUGAUGGUUCUCAGCAAACCCAACAGCAAAGACAGCCGCAGUUUCUACAGCAUCACCCACCAAAAGCUUUCCAAAUUCCACCUCCCGGUCCCUCCCGGUACAAGGUAUUGCGGGUCUUCCCAUGGCUGGCUGAUCACUACAGACGAAACCAAUGCAGUAAGCCUCCUCCACCCAUUCUCAAGACAAGUCAUUCGUCUCCCUCCUCUCACAAGAUUGAAGAUUCCACAAAGAACUGUUUAUGGCUUCGAGUACCACCUCCAUAAGGGCGUCCUGUCUGCAAACCCGACUUCAAACCCUGAUGAUUUUGUGUUGAUGGUCAUAUACGGGCACGACAAGGGGUUAGCCUUCAUAAAAUCAGGUGAUCAGAACUGGGCUUACAUAGAUUCCAUGGUGAUGAAAGAUGACGUCCUGGACUCUCCAUACUUUCUUGACUUGUCAUUAUUCGGGUUCGAAGAUGUUAUAUACCAAGAAAGAGAGCUCCAGUUCUAUGCCUUGUCCUAUGACAGUCAGGUUCUGGCCAUUAAAACCAGUGGCAUAGGGAAUAUGGUUAAAGUUGUUCCUCCUUAUAAUUUUGGUUUUGUGCCUGCCUUCAAGCUGUAUCUUGUAGAAUCCCCCGAGGGAAGAGAUUUAUGGCAAAUUGAGAAGGUAUCAUUCUAUGAUAAAAGUAGUGGGUUCAAGGUUUUUGUGAUGGUAGAUCGGGAAACAAAGCCGGAGUGGGUUGAGGUGAAUAGCCUCGGAGAUGUUGCCUUGUUCCUGGGAGACAACGACUCCAUUGCUGUCACAGCUUCUCGGUUCAGUGGUUGCAGACCCAGCUGUAUAUAUGUUGCUUCUACUGAUGACACCUUGGAGAUGAACAUGGAGGAUGAGAGGGAAAGCUUUAGAUACCGGUACAAAUUGUGUGAGUUCAAUGUGGAGACUGGGAGCUAUGCAGAAAAGUGGGUACUGGAUAAUUUGGAUCCUUCUCUCGGUCUCAUCCCAUCCCCUGUUUGGAUUGAAUGUCUGCCAAUAUUCAAUUGA